CCAAGUCAAAACUCAAAAGAGACAUUUAGGCUAGCAUCCAGAUCCAACAUCUGGAGUGGAGAGAAAAAAGCAUGCCUUCUUCCCUGUCCACGGGCUACACAGUCUCUUCUAAUGAGAACAACUUCAGCUCAGCAGGUAUCAAUAGAGCAGCCGAAGCUUUGAGUAGCCAGAAUGGGAGCAGCAGUACUUCUUUUGAGUCCAAAACCCCUCUGGACCAGCAAAAAGCUUUUGCACAAUCCGGAUAUCCCUCGGAGAUUGACCAACAGCAGAAGAUUGCUAGUCUUCCAUCGUAUCCACUUUUGGAUACUUUUUCAUUCUUGUGCAUAUUGAUGAUAUUUCCCCAUUGGUUUAGUACAAUAACAUUGAUACUCUACGUCUUUUUAGGUAACCCGGAGUUUUUGGAUUCUAUAUUAUCAUUCGUUCUGAAACAUAAAUUAAACCGAACACCUAACUCGUCAACUAAAUCAUCAUCGUUUUCCUUAGUAGGGAGACUCUCCUUGAUAUCAUUUGUACUAUAUCUCCUACUGGAUGCGAUAUUCAUGCUUUUCAUCUUUUACUUUUUUCCAGCUUUUGUGCCAUACAUUAUAUUGCUCUCAAAAUCAUUGAUAGCGAGUAAUUUGACCUCACUAAAAAAUAGAUACAUUUUGGAUGCAUUUGCAGCAUGCAUCCUGCUCUUAACAUUAGAAAAUACCAUAUUGUACACUAUCAAACACUUUGAAAUAUUUCGAGGUGACUCCAUGCUCUCUUUGACAUCAACACUUUCAUCAACAGACUUUUUAUAUCCUUUGUAUUAUAGACCUACAGCAAGUGUCACCAAAACUCUGUUAUUUCAUUUGACGUUCCAUAAAAUUCGUGAAAAUUCUUUGCUGAUGUUUCAAAUGGAAUACGCUCUACAAUUUUUGCAUUCAUCAUUAUCAUUAUACAUUAUAAUGCAUAAUUUCAAUCCAGUUUUGCGAAAAUUUUCUCUCAUAAACAAAGCAUAUACUUAUAUUGAGUCCUUUUCCUUGCAAGAACAGACAGAACAACUGGAGCCCAUCAGUCAACCUUCAGAUUUUGCGGCUCCUAAUAUUGCACUCCCAUCCAAUUUUUCAGCCUACAAUAAUGCUCAAAAACCAAAGUUUCAAAACAUAUUCCAAAUUCCAAAAACCAUCUCAGGUUCCAAUCUACCAACUUUAGACUCGGAUAGAAUCAUUGUUGAUGACUCUUCGAAGAAAGAAUCUUCUUUUUCAAAGGAUGAGGAUAUAUCAGAUGAUGAUAAUAGCACUGACACCGAUACGAACGAUGGUAGCGAGCCAAGUAAAAACAAAAUUCCAAUGUGGUUCCCAGAGGACCAUCAAGUUGUUAAUAUGAAUGACGUUUCAUCGCCAAGCUUUGUUGUCGCCCAAAAUUUUGAAAACUUUCGAAAGAUGAUAUGGAGCUCUUCUGCACACUUACUAACAUCUUCAUCGGUCUCAGAAAUGGGCCCUUCACCAGGAACCUCAGGAUCAACCUUCAUACCAACUCCCAAUAGUCCUAAUUUGUCUAGUACAUUGGCAUCAUCGUCUAACUCAAAUAGCAAUUCCAUGAAAUAUAAAAGCUCUAGUUUUCAUCUGAGCCAUCUGGUAAACUCUCAGCCCAAAAGAGUGGUUUCUAAGUCUAAAAGCUUUUUGCCCUCUGAGAAGAAAGCAAAAAUGAGUCAACUAAAGUACCAACAACGGUUAUGGUUGUUUUUGAAUGCAGCAAGGACGAUGUUUUCUAGACAGGAUUACUAUUCAGGAGACUACUACUCACAAAAUGCUGUGGUGACAACGGGAUAUGGUAUGGAUGAUUAUGCCAGAAAUGCCAAUUCGUCUUCUCAAUGCUUCAUUUGGUUUACUGGUGAAACUACUCUGGCAUUUGAACUUCAUAAUAUCAGCCUUGAACAACUGUUGAUUAAGGUCAAUGGAAUUAUAUGGGAGCAUGUAUCAUCUUGUGCAUUUUUUGGACGAGAACUAGUCAUAAUCAAUGGAUUGAGUCCUUUGAGUCAAUAUGAUAUUGAUUUUGUUAAGAUUACUUUGAAUGGUGAGUUAAUUCACUUGACAACCACAACCGUUUCUACAGUUUUUCAAAACAAAACUGUUACAGAAUCUAACGUGUCAUCUCCAUUGGCUACUCUCCAACGAUCUGUUGUUACUACACAAGAAGCAAUUGAAAGAGAAAAAGCAAGGUUGAAGAAGAUGAAAACUGAUUGGAGAAAAAAAUCCUCGCAAAUCAAAUCGGAGAUUGAAAACUUGAACAACCGUAGUAAUUUUUCAGAUGAGUCAAGAAACUAUAAAAAACUAGACAGCUUACGCCAGAUUGUGGCAAAGUCAGACAUAGAAGUUACCAGUCUAUCCAAAAAGUCAGAGGAAACACGCUUGUUACAAACGGAGAUUGAGGAAAAAUACCUUGACGCCAAAAGGUUGUACGAAACCGAAUUGCGUUCGUUCAAUAAGUUUGAAAACGAUAAUAAAAAUAGUAUCAUGGCUCUUGAGAAAGGUAUAAAGUCCCUACUGUCGGAAAAAAACCAGUUAUUGGUGAAGAAAGAAAAGGUUAUUUCUAAAAAACUACGCAUUCAUCACGAGGUAGAGCUACUUACAAAUGAGCUCAAAUCUCUGAAAAAGACCGAAAUCGCUUUGAGGGUUGAAAGGAGAAAGUUUAGGAGUAUUCAGCGUGAUGAGAAAUAUAAGCUCCUUAUCAAUGAUAUCAAGAAAAUCGAAAGGCAAUUGAGAGGUAAAACUUUCAAUACAUUUUGAUACUGGCUUCGACCUUUUGUCUAUAGAGGUGUAUAAUAUGCACAAUUUAAAUACUUAAUGAAUUAUAUAUACAAUGAAAUCGUAUUAGGUU